GCCGCGAAACUAUUGUAAGAGUGACUGUUGAUGAAGAAGAGCUUUAUUAUCCGAGGCGCAAACGUCCCCGCCAAAUUGAUAAAAGUCAGGAAUACACUGACAUUUCCAAAAUUAGGAGUGUUGCUGGGAUUAGUGGUGGAAUGAAGGUCAAAGCGGAUCGUGACGAAUCCUCUCCGUACGCAGCAAUGUUGGCAGCUCAAGACGUUGCUGCUAAAUGUAAAGAACUCGGUAUUACUGCUUUACACAUUAAACUCCGUGCAACUGGUGGCAAUGGAACAAAGACCCCCUGGCCAG